GUGAGACAAAUUAAAGAGAAAUUACAAAAGCAUUAGUGUAAUUACUCGGGAGGAUCUUGAACAAAAUUUUGGCAGUAGUCGUGAAGACGUUGCAAACAGUUUUGGAGUUAGCGUAUCUACAAUGAAGCGCAUAUGUAGGAAGCAUGGGAUCUCCCGGUGGCCAUUUUAACCAGAGAGAAAAAAGGAAAGAUUGAUAGAAGUCAUCAGUCCAUCUAUGCAUGAGAAACAUGAUUCGAGGCUUCGAUGCGUGCAAACACCCCUACAUGCUAGAUCUUCACCUCGAACAAUAGCCUUACUAGGUGGAGGAGAGAUGGUGCAACUUGAUUCAUCAAAACAACAAUCAUUGGUGGAAUUUGAUGUUACAAACAACAGUGCUCAUCUUGUCAGGGCAAGUCAGAGCAGCUCUACCGUAUCUCAUUCAGAUGAGACAAAUUCAAGGGAGACAUUAAAGAGAAAAUGCACAACAGAGAGUGUACUUAGUUUUGAGGAUCUCCAACAACAUUUUGGUUGUAAACGUGAUGAUGCUGCCAAGGCCCUUGGUGUUAGUGUAUCCACACUAAAGCGCUCCUGCAGGCAACAUGGGAUCCCUUGGUGGCCUUCUCGGAAGAAAACAAAAGUUUCCAAAACGGACUGUAUACUCCUUGAACCACAGGGAGAAAAGGAUGUGUCACCCACCUGCAGCAAGAUGCCAACUGAGGGGCAAACAGAGAGAGAUAAUGAAAUGGUUGGACACCUUCAGGACCAAAAUGAAGGCCCAAACUUGUUGAAUACAGGGAAUGGUUCAAACAAAGACAGCAUAACAACCCUUAUUUUUUAGGAUUCUAUCCCUGGUAAUUAUCCUGCCAUGAAUUUGUCUAUUUCAUCUACACACAGAGAAAGAGGAGAAGUCGGGGUUUUCUCUGAAUUGACAUUUCAACUGAAAGGAUUGAUUCCAUCGAAGAGUA